CAUGGGGAAAAUUUGAGUACACACGGUUAGAAACCAUAGAAGACAGCCAAGAUGGAUAUAUAAAAUCUCCUGGAUACCCGGUAAACUAUCAAAACAAUGCUAAUUAUACCUGGAUAAUUAAAACAGGAUAUGUAGCAAACUUUUAUUUCAUCAUUUUCUUCAUGGAUAUCAAAAGUUCGCAGACAAAUCAAUGUAACGACUAUCUGCAGAUAACAGAGAUUGAUCCUUGCUGCCACACGCCACUAAAGAGAUGUGGUCAAUUUGACAACAUAUCUAUAUUAACCAGGGGAAAUAAAAUUAGGGUGUCUUUUGUAUCAGACAGGAGUGAAACAGGAAAAGGAUUUUUACUGUUUUGGAAUGUAUCUUUCAUAUCAUCAAGAUCACAUGUGACAGCAACGAGCAAAAAGCAGAUAAUAACGUUACAACAAGGCACGACAACUGAUGCGGAAACUUCAAUGACAACAACGUCAACUGAAUCGGAGACAACACGGGAAGCAUCAACAACAGUAUCACUCACCCUGCAAACAACUACAGAACGAAAAAAUCACAGAAAUUUUCUAGUUAAUAUUUUUGUGGUCAGUGGUAUAAUAAUGGUUGGAUUGUUAUUUGGCCUGGGAUGUUUGACAAAAUGCUGGUUAAGGAGAACUGUACCCAUUAUGUCAAAUGAGGACAGAAUGUCAUCUAACGAGAAUGACUUCAAUCCAGUUCCUAUCUACUCUAGUGCUAAAGAGGCAAAAACUGUUUUGUAUGAAGACACUCAGGAUGGUAUUUAUAUGGAAUACCCCGAGGGUGUGUACGACACCACAUUUGUGAGGCGACCUUAUGCAAAACUGAGUAAUACGAAUAUUUACUCCACUUGUAAAGAUCAACUCCAAUCGAAAUCUGAAGAAAUGUCAAAUGACUAAUCAAUUUAUUGAUUGUAUGUUUUUUUUUACCUCCCAUUCGAGAAUUUUUGACCCAUAAAGAGGCUUCGCCGUAAUGGUGAAGGGCUUCUUUAGACCUUUACUCGGUACACAGGGCCAUUGAGCUGUGAGGGUUUUUGAUCAUUUCAUCGUCUAUGGUGACACGGAGCCUAUAGAUUUUUAAAGUCUCAUCCAAAAGACCCGUGACUUUCACUUCAAAUUGGAGAGCGCGUGAUAAUGGAACAGUUGUUACCUAAUUUUUAUCAAACUGCGUCUGUGAGAACCCACGACCUUCUAGUCCACAGGAAUGAAAAGAUAUAAGAAUUAUAAUUUUACAUUAGUGAUUUUUGUUUUACUUAACGUUAUUUA